ACGAGCUGUCCCGAGGAAUUCCGAGAGAGUAUAAAGAGUUGUCAUCUUGUCAUCGUGUAAUCGUGUACAAUAUUUGUUAUUGUAAUUAUUUUAGAAAAUUUUAUAUUUUUCAUAAUGGCAUCAAUAAUUCAAUCAUUUAAAUCAAUCCCAACACACAUGGACUAUGAUGGUCAAGCGAGAGCUGAAAAAUUAUCAAGGAUCAUUGUCACUUUAUUUGGAGCUGUUGGUUUAAUCUGGGGCUAUGCAAUUCAAGAAUUUUCUCAAGCACUUUACAUUCUUGCUGCUGGAUGUUUAAUGGCUCUUAUAAUUACCGUACCUCCAUGGCCGAUGUAUCGGAGAAAACCUCUCGAAUGGCAAAAACCACAACAAACUGAUGCUCCUCCUAAAAAUAAGAAGAAAAAAUAAUUAUUUCGCCGUUUUUUUUAUUUUUAUUUUCAUUUCUUUCAAUAAAAGAUUUACUUAUUACUAUUAAUUUAUUUUUAAAAUUUAUUCAAAAAAUACUUGGACAUUUAUUAUAUUACGUAUUUACUACAGCUGCUAUUGGAUUCAUUCCAACGACUUUCAUCGUCGAUUAAAUUCUUUAUUUUCUCUUGUCACAGAACAUCGGAAAUAUUUUCUUUGAAAAAAUAUAAAAAAUAAAAAAAAAAUUUCAAAGCACGUCCACUACUACUCAACUUUCACAAUUUAACGAUCUUUAAGUGUUUUUUUUUUAUUACGAUUUUGUUUUUUAUUAUUAUUAAUUAAGAAACUAAGUAAAUAAAUAAAUAGAGUAAAAAUAAAUAAUAUUUGGGAUGAUACAAUGUAUGGUGUAAUUAUUUAUUAAUGCAGGAUGACUUUUUUAAUUUGUGCAAUCGAUAUGCUUCGGUAACUUGUUUAAAAGGUAUAAUACACAUUAUUUUUAUAUCUAUAUAGAUAUAAAAAAAAAAUAA